CACGGAGUGAAAUCCUGUGUCCGCCCAGUUUGAGCUAUCUAUAAAGUUGGAGUGGAGUAUGGAUGUUGAGUAUAAGAUGAUGUCCUGAUUAGUGCAAGACAAGACCAGCUGACUACCGGUAGCUGAUACAGUACCGUAUAACCGAGCCAAAUGGGACGACGACUGCGGCUCGGCAAGGGCAAGUCUCCAUCCUCAACUACUAGUAGUACUGGUACUUCUACUAGUACUUCAUGUAGUAGUUAUGGUUGGAUCAAAGUCUUGAUUGGCUUGGUUGGCGCAGUUGUGAGCAUUUCACAAUUGAUCCUUCUAGAAGGAAACAAGGCUGCAGUGUCUACAUCAUCAUCUGCCAUUAUUGAUACCACCUCUGCCACUGCUACCCAAGAGAAACUACCAUCACCAGUGCUCCCUUCCAGCGUAGCGAUGAAACCGACAAAAGGAAUCCCCCGCGUGCUGGCCAUUGUGUUUCCUCAGUAUCACCAAGAUCCACUCAAUGAUCGAUUAUGGGGCCCCGGCUUUACGGAUUGGGACAAUCUACGAGCGGCGCCGCUCCGCAAUCGACUGGGAUUCGAAAUUCCAAGACCCCUCCACUCGCACUAUUAUGAUUUGACCAAUGCCACGGUUCGGAAAUGGCAGGGACAAAUCGCACGGCAAUGCGGAGUGGAUGGAUUCGUCUUUCAUCAUUACUGGUUCUAUGAUAAAGAAGAAGAACAACAACCGGUUCUAUCCGCUCCGCUCCUGGCGAUGCUGCAAGAUGGCCAACCGGAUAUACCAUUCUUCUUGAAUUGGUGUGACAGUAGUUGGGUCGAUACCUGGUUGGGAGUUACCAAAAAACACACCAACAAUAAACAGGGCGACACGGUCCUCCAAACACAAUACUUUCCCGACGAAAAUAAUGAUGACGACGCCAUUGUCGCUCAUUAUCAAUGGCUCCGACAAUUCUUUCAUCAUCCAAACUAUAUCAAAGUAGCAGGACAACCGGUAUUUAUGAUUCAUCAACGAAAACCAAGUAGUUAUCCCAUUCUCAAACGCUUGCGGGAUCUGGCCGUGGCAGAUGGAUUUCCUUCGCUGUAUUUUAUCAUGGGCAUGAGUUUUACUCAUGCACAACUCUUUCCAUCCGGACUGUCACAAGGACAACGACGCGAUCGAUAUCCCAAAUAUUUGGUCAACAAAACAGUGGCGUAUCCCUAUCCACUCGAUUGGAUGGAACGACAAGUCCUUCAAGUACCACAGUGGUGUAGUAUCGACAACGAGCAGCGCAUCGACACGGAACUACCGGGCAUUCUGACAUCGUUUGACAAUACACCCCGCCGGGACCUGGAGAGUGCGCAUUUGUGGUCGGCCGACGAACCCGAUCGGGUCGUCCAGAGGUUCUCCCAGAGUCUCACGGCCGCCAUUUAUUACCAAACGUGUUGUUGUUUGCAUGACAAUGACGACAAUGACAACAGCGAUAAUGACAGUUUUGUCCUCAUCAAUUCCAUGAACGAAUGGGCCGAAGGAAUGAGCCUCGAACCAAGUACUGUAUUUGGUUGGCGGUUGCUGGAAGCAGUGCAACGAGCCAAAGCAGAUGUUAUCCAGGGGGGUUGCAAUGCGCGAACAACCUAAUGAAAUGAAUGAGUGCGGCAGUAGGAGUAUGAGAUCAUUGAUUGCUUGAGAUUGAUUGAUUCAAGAGCAAGAGAUGCGGGGAGGAACGAAUUCAAUCGGAAGUUCAGUUUGCCUCCACUGCAUGCACCAUUGGUUCAAUCGCAACACAAAGACAGUUGACUGAGAAGCAAAUUCAGUGUGCUCGAGCGCGCCUCGAUGAUUUAGUCUCUUAGUGGGACAUCUCGAGAUGGACCUCCGGUUUGUUGAUUCUUGGUCGCGACAAAACAUUAGGUCCUUUGGAAUGAACGUGGUGUUGGCUGUCACAAGCUCUGCAGCUCGCAGCCACACAACGAUUCCCUCCCAUUGCCCGAGCUGUUGCACUUUGUUGCAGCCAGUGGGGCACAGAUACAAACGGACUUUGUGGGAGAUCUCUCAGGGCAUUGCAAAACUGUAUGCUGCUCUAUUUUUGUAAACUUAGCAGUUAACUAGCUAGCUCUACAAAGCACCUCUGCC